AUGCAGGCCACUCCGCUUGAUGGUGCAUGGAUUAGAUCUAGGAAUUCUACUACACAUGCGAAACACGUUUCGAGGCUCUGGCGGCCGGUGACGGCUGCGUCGGCUACUUUGCUACUACUUGGCUAUCUGAUUCUCCCUGUGGUCUUCAGCGAUGCAGACAAUACGCUACAGAUCGAUCAAACCGCAUCGACUGUGUUCGCCUUAUUCUUCAUUGGGAUAGGAUAUGCUGCGUCAAUAGUCAUCGCAUUUUUCCAGCGCCGGGACAAAAGAUUUCUUCUCCGUUGUAUCUUUGUGCCCUACUUGACGAUCAACCUUUUCUCCUUAUUUAAUGUUAUCUUCAAUAUCCUCGGUCGUGGUCUUGUGCCACUCAACGCGCUCCGAGUUAUUGGAAUUGGACUUCCUAGUACAUUUUCAGUGAUAUAUGGACUGUCGGCAUGCUUGGUAUAUCGCGAAUACGGCCCUCACGAAGGGCAGGUGGAAGACGACACCCCUUUACUUGUACGCGUCAACCCAGAAGAUUUGACUCGGACUCAGCUGCGACGACUGUUGGAAGAAAGGAACUCUGGCGCCCCAUCGCCUGAUAUUGUUCAUAGCACCUAUCGAUUGGAUUUGCCCGGUAUGGAGCCUCCGCAGAAAACUUGGGAUCGACAAUCUAGUCCGCCAACAACCAGAACAUGGAGUAGCACGGGUCGAACGAUGACCCCCCCGCCGCAGGAUCAUUCCAAGGCGGCUAUUGAGAAUGUGCUGGAUCUGACGCCAGUGGUGGACCUCGGCCCAGAUGUAUUCACCAACACCAGGCCGCUCUGGCACCCUCCCGGAGCUCGAGGCAUCUAUGGCGGCGCUGCUAUCGCCCAAUCUCUAUCCGCCGCGAUGCGCACCGUCCCCGCUGAUUUCGCCGUACACAGCAUGCACUGCUAUUUCGUCCUAGCCGGAGAUUCGGAAAUCCCUAUCCUAUAUCACGUCGAGCGCGUACGCGACGGCCGAAGCUUCAUUACUCGAACUGUGCAGGCGCGCCAACGCGGUCGCCCCAUUUUCACGACAACCCUCAGCUUCAGCCGCGUCGGUAGCGGAGGCGAGAAAACGUUGAACCACGCAGUCCAGAAACCCGAUGUACCCCUCCCACAACCAAUCAUUCCUGGCACAGUGAAAGCGCUGAGUGAAGCCGGCGGUGGUCCCUUCGAGUCCCAGAAAGCGGGUAUCGUGAACCGUGCCUCCUACCCCGAAGAUAAGAAGAUGCGGCGAUUUGUCCGGGCGCGCGGUCAUAUUUCCGAGGAGGGUGGCUUUCAAGCUCACCUUUCUGCACUCGCAUAUGUCACCGACAGCUUCUUCAUUGGAACAGUCGCUCGAGUACACGAUAUUCCGCGAUUUUCGUCCCCGGCAGAGCUGGAGAAGCUACUGAAGGCAUUGAAGAACCCCUCUGAUCUUGACGACGAAGAUAUCACCAAGGCUCUGAAAGAAUUGAAGGAGGAGGAGGCGACCGAUCUGCGACGACGACUCGAGGGAGCUCUUAGCGAUGCUACCAGCGGCAAGAAUCAACAACAACAUAAGGAGGUCGGCAUGAUGGUCAGCCUGGACCACUCAAUAUAUUUCCACAAUCCCCGAGCUUUCCGGGCUGAUGAGUGGAUGUUGAUCGAAAUGGAGAGCCCGUGGGCCGGCGAGGGCCGAGGAUUGGCUCUCCAAAAGAUCUGGUCGAAGGAUGGCGUGCUGAUUGCCACAUGCACUCAAGAGGGCGUUGUUCGUUUGAAGCAAGAUAAACCACCCCUGGCGAAGAUUUAA